AUCAUUUAUCUAUCUUCAAUGUUGGAUUGCGAUAUCACGUGCACUUUCGUCGUCCUUGUGUGAAAAUAUAAUCAAAGAUGCCGAUUUUUCAUAGAAUUGUGUGGAAAUUAUAUAAUUUUAUAAUGACCAAAGCAUUUUUAAAACAUUUCCCUGUCAACUCCGUACUUAGUAAAAGAAGAAACAUAAGGAUCAUGAACCACGUUACUUUCUCCUACGCCGAUACUGUUAAGACAUUAAACUCCCUUCAGAGUAUUACUCCUAAACUAACUAAACAUCCCGAUGAAUCGAAAUUAAGACAGGUGAACAUGUUUUUAAAUAGAUGCAGUAUAAGCUGUCAAGACUUGGACCAGCUUUCGGUUAUUCAUGUGGCUGGCACGAAAGGUAAAGGAUCAACAUGCGUUUAUUGCGAACAGUUAUUGAUGAAAAAAGGAUAUCGUACCGGUUUAUUUACGUCUCCACAUUUAAUCACUGUGACCGAAAGAUUCCGAAUCAAUGGCAAAAGUAUUUCAGAAGAAAUGUUUGUUACCUACUUUUGGAAAACUUACAAUACAUUAAAAUCUCAACAAACAUACAAAGGAGAUAUGCCAUCGUAUUUUGCAUUUUUAACUGUUAUGGCGUUCAAAAUGUUCACAAAUGAAAAAGUCGAUGUCGCAAUUAUUGAGACUGGAAUGGGAGGAGAAUAUGAUAGUACUAAUAUUUUAAAGAAAGUACCAAUUGUAGGAAUAUCGUCAUUGGGUUUUGACCACACAGCUGUUUUAGGAAAUACAUUAGAAGAAAUAGCAUGGCAAAAGAGUGGUAUAAUGAAGCCAAACUCUGUAACAAUAAUUUCUCAUGAUCAGCCACCGGAAACAUAUAAUACCCUUAAGAAACGCAGUUUAGAGAAAAAAGCGUUAUUAUUGGAAGCUCCACCGAUUGAUUUAUACGAGUGGCAUGGGAAUCCUCUUAAUUUAGACAUGAUUAAUUCAGUUCAAAAGAUUAAUGUUUCACUUGCAAUCCAGCUGGCUUAUGCUUGGAUUAAUCGAAAUAACAUUCAUGUAUGGAUUGAAAAAUGCAAACCGGGAUCAAAAGGUAUACAGCAGGCUCCGAUUUGGAAAUUAAAUCAACAUGAUAAAACUGUAAUAAAUAAUGUCAAGUGCCCAGGCCGAAAUCAAGUAAUAAAUGUAUCACAAAAUUUGACUUAUUUUUUGGACGGAGCUCAUACAAUUGAAAGCAUAACAUUAUGUAGUAAAUGGUUUUUUGAGCACUAUCCACAGUCUCACGAAAGGGUGAAAAAUAUACUAAUAUUUAAUAUUACUGCUCAAAGAGAUUAUAGAACCUUUCUACACAUUUUGUUAAAUGGAAAUGAAAUAGACUUGGUUAUACUGUGUCCAAUAAUUACGUAUUUUAACGAUUCUAGACCAGAUGCAGUUGAUAGAAAUUAUGUUUAUGAAGAACAAUUGGAAAAAUGUGAACAAAUUAGAAAGACUAUAAGUUUUUGCAACGUUAAAGUAUUGAAAUCGAUUAAAGAAGCAAUUGAUCAUGUAUCAUCAUUAAGCUCUUCCGACAGUAACAUAUUUUUUCGGGUGUUAGUUACAGGCUCGUUAAAGCUUGUUGGCGGAGCACUAGAUGUACUCAAAUACUGAUAAUUUUUUUUUUAAAUUUAUAUAUUAAAAUAUUUUAACAGUAAAAUACAAAUUUUAUUAUUGUUAUUUAUUUAGCUUUAAAACCAUUGUUUUCAUUCCAUUAACAUUCUACUUAAGUUUUUUUUACAAUGUUUUGUUAUUAUUGUUA